AUAAAACAAGAGGAUCCAGAACCCUGGAGAAUAAAACACGAGGAACCAGAAACCUGCAGAAUAAAACACGAGGAACCAGAAACCUGCAGAAUAAAACACGAGGAACCAGAACCCUGGAGAAUAAAACACGAGGAACCAGAACAAGGAGGCCUGAUGAAAGUGAAAGAAGAAAGACAAGAUCUGAAUGAGGUGGAGAAGAAACAUCAGGAUCAGAAAGGUCAGGAUGUCAAUGGAGAAAAAGCAGUGAGUUGCAGCAUUAAAAAAACAGAAGUCAAAAGGCCUUUCAGUUGCUCUCAGUGUGAAAAGAGUUUCACAAGUAAUACAAACCUUAAGACUCACAUGUUAAUUCAUGCUGGGAUAAAGUUAUUUACCUGCUCUCAGUGUGGAAAGAGUUUCACACAGAAAGUGAAACUUAAGCAUCACAUGUUAAUUCAUGCUGGGAUAAAGUCAUUUACCUGCUCUCAAUGUGGAAAGAGUUUCACACAGAAAGGAUACCUUAAGGAUCAUUUGGUAACUCACUCUUCAGAAAAGCCUUUCAGCUGCUCUCAGUGUGGAAAGAGCUUUAAAAGAAAAGGAUACCUUAAGAAUCACAUGUUAAAUCAUGCGGGAAUAAAACCUUUUAUCUGCUCUGAGUGUGGAAAGAGUUUCACACAGAAAGGAUACCUUAAUGAUCAUUUGGUAACUCACUCUUCAGAAAAGCCUUUUAUCUGCUCUCAGUGUGGAAGGAGCUUUAAAAAGAAACGGCAACUUAAGGAUCAUUUACUAACCCACUCUUCAGAAAAGCCUUUUAUCUGCUCUCAGUGUGGAAAGAGCUUUAAAAAGAAACGGCAACUUGAGGAUCAUUUACUAACUCACACUUCAGAAAAGCCUUUCAGCUGCUCUCAGUGUGGAAAGACUUUCACACGUAAAGAAAACCUUAAGAAUCACAUUUUAAUUCAUGUUGGAAUAAAGCCUUUUACCUGCUCUCAGUGUGGAAAGAGUUUCACACAGAAAGGAAAACUUAAGAAUCACAUGUUAAUUCAUGCUGGAAUAAAGCCUUUCAGCUGAUCUCAGUGUGGAUAGUUUACAUUCACAUUUAUUCAUUUAGCAGACGCUUUUAUCCGAAGUGAAUUACAAUUGGGGAAUACAUCAAGUGAUUCAUCUUAAUCAACUGAAAGCAGCAUUUUCAGCUUUCAGACACAGUCGAUGAGCUCAAGUAUCUCUGCGGAACAAGUGAGGGUGUUUCCCAGUCUCUGGGCAUUUUCACAUUUGGGAUAGGUAUUUUUUAAAGUCCUGCCAACUGGACUUUGUUCAACAUCUGGAUCUGGAUUGUCGUCCCAGCCUCCUUUGAAUAUGGCCUUAGUGAACGCUAAGUCUGUAUGACUUUUUUUUUACCCAUUGUGAUCUGGGCAUUUUGUUUUUGACUGAGACUUGGGCCGGUGCUGGUGAGUUGUCAGUUUUUGAAGAACUUUGUCCAUCGAACUGCUGUUUUAUUAGUACCCCAAGAUCUGCUUGUAAAGGGGUGAUGGGGUUGCUAUGGUUUUUAAACAAUCACUUAAAAAGACUUUUUCAUUUUUUUGUUAGAGAUGCACCGAAAUUAAAAUUCUUGUCUGAAUCCGAAACCAAACGAAAUGAAACACUGGGCCGACGGCCAAAUACCGAACACACGGUUUUCAAGUUUUUUUCCCCCCAUGUAUUUUGCCAGGUUUUUAUUUAACAUUGCAUAAAUUAAAAAGACAAAACGUGCUUUUUACUGUUUUGUCUUGCUUUUCAAAGAAAAAAAAAUCAAUUACAAA